AUGUCCUGUGACCUUUUUGACCCUCUUUAUGCCGCCGAUUCUGAUGUCAACGACACAGCAUUUGAAGACGACGCAGAAAGCUCUACUGCCUCCAUCUCAUCGAGUAUCCUCGAAUGUCGCAAAUUUCAAGGACGGACCUUCCAUAGCGAGAGGUAUAAUACGGAGUACUUUACGCCCAACGAUGAGCAGCAGAGAGAUUCAAUUGACAUCACGCACCAUGUUCUGACAUUGCUGCUUGAUGGAAAUCUGACACUUGUUCCUCUGAAAGAUAGCAUUCGGCGAGUUCUUGACGUCGGUACUGGAACUGUAAUCUGGGCGAUUGAUUUUGCCGAUGAACACCCCAACGUCGAGGUCAUUGGGACAGACCUCUCCCCAAUCCAGCCAAGCUGGGUCCCACCAAACGUCAAGUUCGAGCUUGAAGACGCAACAAAGGACUGGAGCUGGCCUGAGAAUCACCUCGAUCUUGUUCACGUCCGUUUCCUCAUUGGUGCGAUAGCAGACUGGGGAACACUGUUCAAAGAGGCGUCUCACUGCUGUAAACCAGGCGGUUUUGUUGAAUCUGGCGAGAUCAACCCAACGUUCUACUCGGAUGAUGGUACCAUCGACGAUGCUGAGGCCCUACAGACCUGGAAUAGACUGGUGAUUGAGAGUGGCAAGGGCUUUGGGCGAAGCUUCACUGAUAUUGAGAACGACGUUCAGCUAUUUCGCGAUGCUGGUUUGGUAGACUUGCAGAGCUUUGACUUCAAGGUUCCCAUCGGUGGAUGGCCCAAAGAUGAAUACCAGGUCUGCUUCCCUUGUCACCCGUUUAAGGUCCAGGUAUACAUCGGCAUCUACUCCUGGCUCGGUCUCCUUCUAGAUGACCAAGCCGCUGAAUAUCUUGAAGAGUUCUCAAUGUUCCAUGAGCGAUUUUGUGCCGAUGAGAAGCAGCCAAUACCCCUCCUCCAAGGUUGGGCAGAUCUUAUGAGAUUAACCUUCAGGUAUUGGGGUCCGCUUGUUGCCAACUUUACUGUCACUUCAUCUCUCAACUUCCUCAACUUAAUGCUCUUGAGGCCCGAAAGGAGUUCCACCAGAUCGAGCGCACCAAGGCCGGCCGAAGCUGGGCAUGGUUUCUUCGAGAAGGAUGGUGGAGGAGAAACAUGUGCUUGGUUCACGUUCCCGAAAGAACUUUGUCCUGACAUCUCACUCUUCCUGGAGGUGGUACCAGACAUCUCCAUGUGCAUUGGGCUUACAAACGACGCACUGUCAUUUUAUAAAGAGGAGAAGGCUGGUGAGACUCAUAACUACAUCCACAACAGGGCAUGGUAUGAAAAUAAAGACCCCCAAUCCUCUUCUAGGAGAUCAUAG